AUGCCUCUCGGAAGAAUACCCCAGUCAUCGUACUACGACAAGAACAACCGACCCUCCGCCGCCCUUUACCGAGCGCGACAGCCAUACCUCGUCAAGAAUGCGUUCACAGGCAUUGCCAUGGUCGGCUUUGUAGCGGCUGUUUAUACAUGGACGAUUCGCGCUGUCGGCCAGGAUGAGUUCAGCGAUGUCCCAAUCCCAGAUGCUCCUGCGCAAGCAGCGAGUGCCCCACACACAACCAUGGUGAAGAGCGCGGGAAGCUCUCAGUGA